AUGGCAAGAAUUAUCAAAAAAGUAGAGCAGGCCCUAUGCAUGGGAGGCCCCAAGGAAGAGCAAGGCUAUUAUGGUGAGCGUGGUGAGCAAGGCUAUGGUGAGCGUGGUGAGCAAGGCUAUUAUGGUGAGCGUGAACAAGGCUAUGGUGAGCGCAAGCCAGAGCAAGGCUAUGGUGAGCGUGGUGAGCAAGGCUGUGGUGAGCGUGGUGACCAAAGCUAUGGUGAGCGCAAGCCAGAGCAAGUCUAUGGUGAGCAAGGCUAUGGUGAGUGCAAGCCAGAGCAAGGCUAUGGUGAGCAGAACUUUUGA